GUUAUGGAUGGAAUAGCAAAUCGUCGGUUGAAUGAGUUCCCCGGGAGGAAGAGGCAGCAGAAAGAAGCGAGGUGUCGUAGGGUCGACGACUGAUGGAGACACAUGCGACCAGGUGUCACUACAUAAGCGAAAUGUGUUCUUCUUCUCCUACCCACUGCUGGCGUUGUUUGCGGUGCUGCGUGUUUUCGCCAUGCAAUUUGGCGUACUGUUCGCAUGGCUGUGCGAGCGGCUGUCUCGUGCCAUGGCUGCGAGAACCAAACAUCGGACUGCAGACGAACAUGUUAAGGUGUGCGAGCAGGACAGCGGAGAGCGGAUUCGAAACCACCACAAACAAGCAUUCGAGUACAUCUCUGUGGCUCUGAGAAUUGACGAGGAUGACAAAGUGCACAAGGAGCAAGCUGUCCAGUGGUAUAAACGUGGAAUCCAAGAGCUUGAGAGAGGCAUCGCAAUCGAGGUAGCUGGAAACGGGGAGAAGUAUGAACGGAAUAAACGCUUGCAGGCCAAAAUGAUCACCAACCUGAUCAUGGCAAAGGAUCGCCUGGAACUUUUAGCAAAGCUGCAUUCAGUGCCAACACAGAGAAACAUCUAUACAGAGAGUUCUAACCAUAAUGGUGUUCUACGCUCAGUAAGUGGAGCUAUACCAAAAAAGAGGGAUCCCCUGACCACUCACUCCAGUCACUCCCUUCCGCGGCCAAAGCACACGCCAAAGAACCCCCCAGCGACAGGCCACGGGGGCCACCAGCGGUCCCCGAGCUUCAGCGGGCCUUCCAGUAGUCACACACAGCACAGGCCACUCCCACUGUUUAAUAGCGAGAAGGGUAAAGCUGGAAACCGGCAGAACUUGAAACCCAGCGCCCCCUCUUCCAUGUCCCCAUUAAAGAAACGGGAAGCAAAGAACUUAAAGAAUGUGGACAGUAAACUAGCGAACCAUAUCCUCAGUGAGAUUAUCGACAGUGGUUCGUCCGUGCGGUUCGAGGACAUUGCUGGUCAGGACCUGGCUAAGCAGGCCCUACAGGAGAUGGUCAUCCUACCUGCACUGAGGCCAGAGUUGUUUACAGGGUUGAGGGCCCCAGCACGAGGCCUUCUCCUCUUCGGACCUCCGGGAAAUGGGAAGACGAUGCUGGCUAAAGCGGUUGCCGCGGAGUCCAACGCCACGUUUUUCAACAUAAGUGCAGCGAGCUUGACCUCAAAAUAUGUGGGGGAGGGGGAGAAAUUGGUACGAGCUCUAUUUUCCGUCGCCAGAGAACUGCAGCCUUCGAUCAUCUUCAUAGAUGAAAUCGACAGUUUACUCUGUGAGAGGAGAGAAGGGGAGCACGAUGCCAGCAGGCGACUGAAGACCGAGUUCUUGAUUGAAUUUGAUGGGGUCCAGUCGGGAGGUGAUGAGAGGGUGUUGGUGAUGGGUGCCACCAACAGGCCGCAGGAGCUGGAUGAGGCUGUUCUCAGGCGAUUUGCCAAACGGGUAUAUGUGGCCUUACCAACAGAAGAGACGCGGUUCAGACUGCUCAAGAACCUCUUAGGGAAGCAUGGGAAUCCUCUCACACAAAAAGAAUUGUCUCAACUUGCCAGAAUGACAGAUGGCUACUCUGGCAGUGACUUGACCUCGCUGGCGAAAGAUGCUUCCCUUGGUCCCAUCAGAGAGUUGCGUCCAGAACAAGUCCGAAAUAUGGCUGCUAAUGAGGUGAGGAAUAUCCUGUUCUGUGAUUUCAUGGAGUCCUUGAAGAAGAUCAAGAGGAGCGUUGGACCACAAACCCUGGACCUGUAUGUGCGCUGGAACAAGGACUAUGGGGACACCACGGCUGUAUAAGACAUGGACACAUUUACACAUCCUCUGUCCUAACCAUAAUCUCCAUCAUCAUGACAGUGGCCUGAGGCUGUUUUAAACAGACUGGAAUUGUAUGUUUUUAGAGUAACUGCCCAAGCUACCAUAAUUUUUUUUAAUUGUCAUUACUUACAAUAGGAGUGAAUGUUUUUUUUGUUUUCUUUUUCCUAUUAAAAAAACAUACAAAAAAUGUAAUAUGAUUCAAAGCAACUUUUGGGUUUUGAAUGGUGUGGGUGUAUACAGGACAUUACAUUUUUUUUAAAUGUGCGUAGGUUAGCCAGCUAAUCUUUCUCUGAAGCACUGAUUAACCAGCUCAUCCUCAAAAACGUCCUUCCAUUUGUAAUAAUUAAGAAAACAUUACCUUAAGACAAGGCACAUGUACAUACCGGGCCCAUUGUACACAGUCUUUCUGCAUGACAUUCCUUCAACGAAAGGCCUUAGUUGUUUGCAUGGUAGCAGGAAUCUGUGCCUUAGUUUUGUGGUUUGGUUUUCCAAACAAAAUGGUGCUUCUUCCCUUUUCCAUGCUCUAUGAAAGUCCCACCCAUUGCUGGUGCCAUCCCAUACUUUAAUUGGUAGACUUCAAGCAUACAUCAUAACGUUAAUGAAAAUGAUAUUUACAUGUGUAUUGAUUGCUCAUACCAGAUCUGUUUAAAGAAAAACGUAUCCCUAUAAUUUAAGACAUUGGCAAAGGUUAAUAAAAAAUAAAAAGUUCAAUUUGAACUACAACUGCUACAGGUUUCUGUGGCUUGGCACACUGCCUGUUUUUAGUAGGGUAAUGUUUUUUUUAAAGUAAUUUUGUACACCAGUGAGUUGUCGACACUCAAAAAAUUUUAGACUUCCUAGAUAAACAUUAAAUGUACUACACAGCAAGCUAGUAUAUAGCAAAUGUAGUUAUCUAAAAAUGGUAUACAAUUUGGCAGCAAGAAGCAUGACUUUCAUUGGGGUGCUUCUUACAGUGACAGCAGGGUUUUUAAAAUGGUUACUGCCUUUAGACUGAGACGUUGGAAUACUGUGCCAUAGAAUCUUAUGUUACAUGUUAAGACUCCAAUCAAUGGUAGAUAAAGGGAAGCAGCAAAUUGUUUUCUCAGAAUCUUAACACAGAUAUGGUGGGGUUUUGCAUCUAUAUUAAAUAAUGUCUAUAAUAAACAGCUUGUGUAAAUAUUGGUUUUGUAUAUGAUUCAAGUAUUGGGGAUACAGUGUAUACAUUCUGAAUAAAACCUCGAUGUGGUCUAACUUUAUCUGCAACUGAUUUAAAGGAGUCUUGUGUUUCCUUUGGUAUAGCUUAGACUGUUCAGAGUAGCACACUUAUGAUGUCAAAAAGAAAAUCAGGUUUUUUUGUAAUGCUUUUAUGUAAAAAAACAAAAGAAAAAGAAAUAUAUGCCUGGUUUCAACUUUACAAUGUUUGUCUUCUCUGUGUAUUGAUUGACUUGCUCUGAAUUCCUUGAGCUUUUUAGUAAAGAAAAAUGUUGCAGCUUAACUUUUUCAUAAUGUUUGUUCUAUUGCAUUGUUAUGUUGCUGCGCAUUAUUUGCCUGUAUAAACUACUGAAUGUGUUACAUUUGGUCCCCAUGGUGUGAUGUAAAUUGUGUAUUAUUCAACCUAAUAAUGUAGUUCAGUAUCAAUCCAAACCAGGAGGGGGCAGGAAAUGUUAGAGGCUGUGAACAGUAGAUUGUAGACCCAAAUAGAAUGGUGAAUUAUUCAAAGUAACAUUUUCACCCUUUUCACACAGGUUCCACAACUGAACAACACUGCACAAAGUAUUCUGUUAAAAAAAAAUAUACAAACUCUAUAAGCAUUAACUAAUUGUCAUGAUCAUAAAGGUUUUGUCAAAUUGGUUCUGCUUGAGUUUUUCCCAUUGUGAUUUGAGUUGAGUGAUUUUGGUUUCUGCACCCUCCAAGUCUCUAGAAAACCAUCUAAAGAUCCAUAAAUAAUAUUGCUCUCUAAGAGCAGUUUGUUAAAUAAAACUGUAGGCUUAUAAUCCUGAUUAGGGCAUACCAACAGUGCCCAGGGCUUCCGUACAUGGCAGUUUGAAUUGUCUCAGCACCAGCCAGGUUGGGUAACAUGGGGGUUGCCUUGCAUGAUAGGAUCCCCUUCUAGAUGGAAGCCUGCGAACGUGGUUGUAGUUGUUAGCUGAUGGACGUGUUCCCCUUAAAUGCCUUGAGUCGUUGGAGGAUACAUGUUCCACUCCUUAGACCAUAAUCAUCAAACAGACACUUUAAAAUGUUAGGGGAUAAAAGGAGGCCAAAUUAAAAGAAAUGUGAUGUGUUAGUGACUGUAAAAGCAAUGUCCUCUUUUUUUAAAGACGUUCUUUAUAUUAUUUACUUUGUGCUUAUUAACAGAAAUGAGUGUAUGUGGGACUAAAAUAAAAGCAUUUAUAUUUUU